AUGCAGCAGCUGCUCAACAACCUCACUACUGAUCUCCACAUGAACUUCGGAGAGAUGCGUCACCAACUCUUCAACCUUGACAAAUGUCUACAUGCAAUAGAGCGUGCACGCAUCCACGGCGACGCCGCCAUCUCCAGCGUCCAAGCUACAUUGGACCAUGAAGCUGCCAUCGACGAUCUAACCACAGAAACCAAGCGUGCCAGGAUCGCGGCCGACAAAUCCUAUCUCAAGCGCAAGUUGGACGAACCCUAG